AUGGCGUUCUACCGUUGUGGUCCGACCGCUAUCGGCAGCCGCGCGUCGUGGUCGGUGACGAGUCCUGAGAGCAAACCCUUCGAGCGUCCUCUCAGCGGGAACUACGACAGGAUCUUCAACGCCUUCGAGAGAACGAACGCCUUCGAGUACGUCAGGAGCACCUUCGAAGGGAAGCCCGAGGAGAGGCAUGUGGGGCACGGCGACGUAGUGGUCAAUAGGAAGAUGUCCAGCAGCUUUGAACGAGCGGACUGCGCCCUGGCCGCGCAGACGCCUUGCUCUGACGAUGAGGACUUUUAUAGGGAGAAGAUAUUGUACUCGCAGGCGAGGCAGCUGUUUCCACUGCAAGAGGAUUUGGCUGAUUGGAUCAAUAAAACUAUAGGUAUCACGUACCUGAACGGGGAGAACUUCCUGGAUGUGUUGGACAACGGCGCGGAGCUGUGUCAACUGGCGGUGGUGAUACACGAGCGAGCGAGGGAGGCGCUGCACCAGGGACUCAUAGUCGGCCCGGUGCCAGCUAUCCGCGGCCGCUGCUGGCAGCGAGCAGCUCGUCGCAGCUUUUUCUCUCGCGAUAACGCUGAGAACUUCAUCACCUUCUGUAGAGAACUUGGUGUUCAUGAGAACCUGCUGUUUGAAAGCGAUGAUCUGGUGUUACACAACCAACCGCGUCAAGUGAUCCUGUGUCUGCUAGAGGUAGCUCGGCUCGCGACCAGGUUCAAUGUGGAGCCUCCAGGGCUCGUGCAAUUGGAAAAGGAGAUCGCUUUGGAAGAACGAGACUCUGGACUAGACUCUGCAAUGUCAGGGGCAGCCUGGCAGUUCAGAGAAAACUCACCCUCGCCUAUCAGAGACAAGUCUAAAAAAGAAGACGCUGUUUCAUCGCUAGAACCAAAUGAUUCUGGUCCGUCGCUGCAGGAUAAUACCGACGCAGAGAGCACGAGGUCCGUGGACACUGAAUCCAGCUCUGACACAGACGUCCCGCUACGACCGACCAACGAACUAGACAAGAGGGUACAACUCGUAACGCGUCUGAUGGAGCGAGGCUGCAACUGCGGCUCAGGGAAAUGUUCCAAGCUCCUGAAGGUGAAGAAAGUCGGCGAAGGGAGAUACAACAUCGCUGGAAGAAACGUGUUUAUUAGAUUACUUAAAGGCCGCCACAUGAUGGUACGCGUGGGCGGCGGCUGGGACACGCUCGAGCACUUCCUCUCCCGCCAUGAACCUUGUCAGGUGCGCCUCGUGACGCAGGGCCGGCGUGACGUGCUCCCCGUGCCGCUGCCUCCCUCCCCUCCCCCGGCUCGCUCGCACUCCCCGAGUCCCUCCCCCGCACCCAGCAGCACCUCCCUCGCCGGCACCGUCUCUCCCAUCGACAGCAAGGCAUCAUCUAUUAGCGGCAAAACCUCUCCCGUCGAUCCUAAGCUCGAUAAAGCUCGAACUGCUUGCAAGUCCGAUAGCGGGAAGAGCUCCCCGCUCCGCCGUACUUCUACACCCAAUAAGCCGGUAUCAUCCAGGAACAGAUCCGCCCUGACCCUGCCUCUCAAAGAGUCUACGGACAAGAAGUCCCCUGCACCCCGCGCUAGAAAGCAAUCCGCACCAGCCAGCUUCAGCACUCCGAACACGCCGACCGGGAGGUCCAUCCGGACUCCUCCCGUCGAAUUACGCAAAUCGCUCACCUCGAACACAUUAAUAAACGCACCUAAAAAAUCGAGAAGCAUGAGUCUAGCUAGCGCCCCCAACAAUGAAAGGAAAUCGUUUUGUGGGACGGAUAAACUGAAUCAGUCCAAGAAGACCCGCAGCAUGAGCGGCGCCAGCACGCCCAGUGAGUCAGCGGCGCGCCCCACUCGCAGCCAGAGCCUCGCGUCCACCCCCGUCAACGGUCCCAAGAAACCUUUGGCCAAUAACUUCGCUAAGAAGACUCGCAGCAUGAGCCUCGCGACGCCCAUAGAUUUCUCCAAACCGCUCACAAAGAGCGCCUCCAUCGGUGCGACCGGGCUCACUCAGGCCGCCAUCGAGGAGAGCAUCCGCCUGUCGCUGGAGGCCAGCAUCGCCGACAACACUUCUCCCAAAAAGCCAUUUCUGCACAUCAAAGCCAAAUAUCGUAGUCCACCGCCGCGGGAGGUUCCCCCGAGAUAA